AUGCCGGCUUGCGUGGCCGUAAUUGCGGCUGCAGCUGCUGCUGCGGUCUCGGCUCCGAUGCCGCCGUCUCUCCCGGAGUCCUUCAGUAUAGGAGCCUUAUGCUUACAAGACAACCUUUCUGACUUUUUAAAGAACUCUGUCAGCUUAUUUCCAGCAGUGUUGAAUUUGGCUACUAGUGCUGUCAUCACAACCAAUGCUACCUGUGGUGAAAAAGAACCUGAAAUGUAUUGCAAACUGGUUGAACAUGUAUCUGGACAACCAGCAAGAAACCCCCAGUGUCGUAUUUGUCAUCAGGACAGUAAAAUUUCACAUCAUCGACAUCCAAUAUCUAAUGCAAUUGAUGGCAAGAACACUUGGUGGCAGAGUCCUAGUAUCCAGAAUGGGAUAGAAUAUCAUUAUGUGACCAUUACAUUGGAUCUCAAACAGGUGUUCCAGAUUGCAUAUGUUAUCGUGAAAGCAGCGAAUUCACCACGACCUGGGAACUGGAUUUUGGAACGUUCACUUGAUGGUGUUGACUACCAGCCAUGGCAGUAUUAUGCUAUCACGGACACAGAAUGCCUGACGCGCUACAAUAUCCAUCCCCGUCCUGGGCCUCCAUCCUAUGUAAAAGAUGAUGAAGUUAUAUGCACUUCAUAUUACUCUAAGGUUCACCCAUUAGAGAAUGGAGAGAUUCACACAUCACUGAUCAAUGGACGGCCUAGCGCUGAUGAUCCUUCCCCAGUACUGCUGGAAUUCACUUCAGCGCGUUUUAUUCGUUUGAGGUUUCAGAGGAUACGAACACUGAAUGCUGAUUUAAUGAUGUUCGCUUACAAAGAUCCCACUGAAAUAGACCCCAUAGUUACGAGGAGGUAUUAUUAUUCCAUAAAAGAUAUAUCAGUUGGAGGCAUGUGUAUCUGCUCUGGCCAUGCAAGGGCUUGUCCGUUGGAUCCAGAAACAAAUGAAUCCAUUUGUGAAUGUGAGCACAACACAUGUGGAAAGACCUGUGACCAGUGCUGUCCCGGUUUCAAUCAAAAACCUUGGCAUGCUGGGACUUUCCUGGCCAAACAUGAGUGUGAACCAUGCAAUUGUCAUGGGAAGACAAAAGAAUGUUACUAUAAUCAGACUAUUGCAGACAGAAAUCAGAGUUUGAAUGUCUAUGGAGAAUACAUUGGGGGUGGAGUAUGCAUUAAUUGCGCAAGUCACACUGCAGGCAUAAACUGCGAGACCUGCAUUGAUGGCUACUUCAGGCCAAAAGAGGUAUUACCAAGUGACCAUAAUCCAUGUCAGCCAUGUUCCUGUGAUCCAAAUGGUUCUUUACAUGCUACUUGUAUCAAGGAUGAAAAACAUGCAGAAGGAGCCUUGCUUCCAGGAUUCUGCCACUGCAAGCCUGGCCAUUCAGGCAAGAGCUGCAAUCAAUGUGACUUGGGUUUCAAGGGGUAUCCUAACUGCACACCCUGCAGCUGCUCUGUGAAAGGCAGCUUAAAUGAAGAUCCUUGUGUAGGCCUCUGCAUCUGCAAGGAACACGUUGAAGGAGAAAACUGUGACCGUUGCAAAUCGGGUUUCUUCAACCUGCAGCAAAAUAAUCCCAGAGGCUGUGAGGAGUGUUUCUGUUCAGGGAAAAUGAAUACCUGUGUAGACUCUCACUGGAUCUACAGCACUGUAAAGGACAUGAGUGGCUGGCAUCUGACUGACUUGUCUGGUCUUAUUAAAGUUACACCUCAGCAGGACAGCUUUGAUGGACCUCAGCAGCUUAGCAUUGGUAAUGUGGCUGCCAGAAAAGUACUGCCACUGAUUUAUUACUGGAGUGCACCCAGUCCUUAUUUGGGUAACAAAAUAACAGCUGCUGGUGGGCAUCUGAAAUUUACCAUUUCCUAUAGCCUCUCAGGGCAGGAAGAACCACUUCAAACAAUACUUCACUCUGAUGUCAUAAUAGAGGGAAGUGGCUUUAGAAUCAGCACUCCAACAGAUGGGAUUCACCUGCAGCCAUUUGAGGAGCACACAGAAGAAAUUGUUCUGAAACCAGACUCAUUUACCGUGUAUGGUACUGACAUUCCAGUCAGCAAAAGGGAAUUCAUGACCGUGCUGGCAAAUGUAAAGAGGCUUCUAAUAAGAGCCACGUACAGCCAUGGGAUGAAUGCCAUCUACAGGUUGAGUGGGGUCAGUCUGGAAGCUGCUGAUCGUUAUUCAACUGGCAGGAAUGUGGCAACUGCUGUGGAGGUUUGUCAGUGUCCCCCAGGGUAUGGAGGCACCUCUUGUGAAUCUUGCUGGCCUAGGCAUCGGCGAAUAAACGGCACUAUUUUUGGUGGGAUCUGUGAGCCGUGCACAUGUUUUGACCACACGGAGUUCUGUGAUGAUAUCACUGGAGAAUGCCUGGACUGCAAGCACAACACAGGUGGUCCUUACUGUAACAGAUGUCUUCCUGGUUUCUAUGGAGAUCCUACUAAAGGGACAAUUGAAGACUGCCAGUUGUGUGCCUGUCCAUUAAAUAUACCAUCGAACAACUUUAGCCCAACAUGCCAUUUAGACCAAAGUCAUGGAUUAAUAUGUGAUGAGUGCGCUGCUGGGUAUGCAGGACCACGCUGUGAGAGGUGUGCAGAAGGCUAUUUUGGACAACCUUUAAUACCAGGGGGAUCAUGCCAGCCAUGCCCAUGUAAUGACAACCUUGACUUCUCCGUACCUGGCAGCUGUGACAGCUUGUCUGGAGCUUGCCUGAUAUGUAAGCCAGGUACAGCAGGCCAGUUCUGUGAGAUGUGUGCUGACGGAUAUUUUGGAGAUGCUCUUGAUGCAAGAAACUGUCAACCAUGUCACUGCCACAUCAAUGGUUCAUUCUCAGAGAUCUGCAACUUACAGAGCGGGCAGUGUAAGUGCAAGCCCAAUGUUGUGGGGCAGAAGUGUGAUGGGUGUAAGCCUGGAACAUUUGGCCUGCAGUCACCAAGGGGGUGUGUUCCCUGUAACUGCAAUUCUUUCGGUUCCAAGUCCUUUGACUGCGGUGAAAAUGGACAAUGUCCAUGCCAACCUGGAGUAGCUGGAAAGAAAUGUGACCGCUGCGGUCAUGGAUUUUACAACUUUGAAGAAGGAGGAUGCACUUCUUGCGAAUGUGCCCAUUUUGGCAAUAAUUGUGAUCCAGUCACUGGCCGCUGUGUGUGCCCUCCCAACACCAUAGGAGAGAAGUGUGAUAAAUGUGCACCAAAUUACUGGGGCUAUGACAUUGUCAGUGGGUGCAAGGCCUGUGACUGCAGUGUGAUUGGCUCCCUCAGCUUCCAGUGUAACUUAGAUACAGGCUGCUGCUUUUGCCGCCCAGAGUUUGCCGGGGAAAAGUGCACAGAAUGCAGGUUGGGAUAUUGGAAGUAUCCACAAUGCAUUGCUUGUGAUUGCCUCCUGGCAGGAAUCAAUCCACAGUCCUGUGAUCCAGAGAAGGAGAAAUGUUCCUGCAUGGAUCGUACAGGUCAAUGUAGCUGCAAGGUUAAUGUGGAAGGUGUCCACUGUGACAGGUGCAAGCCUGGUAUGUUUGGACUCUCUGCCAGAAACCCACUUGGCUGCAGCAGCUGCUAUUGCUUUGGCCAGACUACUGAGUGCAGUGAGGCAGAGGGGCUGAUCCGUAUGUGGGUGACCUUGAAAACAGAGCAAAUGGUUCUGCCCCUGGUGGAUGAAAACCUUCAGCAAACAACUGUCAAAGGGGUUGCAUACCAGCAUCCAGAGAUUGUAGCAAACAUUGAACUGGUGAUGCAAGAUCUCCAUUCAGAGCCUGUUUAUUGGAAACUUCCAGAGCAGUUUGAAGGAAAAAAGCUGACUGCUUAUGGAGGAAAGCUGAAAUAUGCAAUCUACUUUGAAGCACGGGAGGAGACAGGUUUUGCUACUUAUAACCCUCAGGUCAUCAUCAGAGGUGGGCCUCGAACAAACACUAGAAUUAUAGUUCGGUAUAUGGCUGCUCCUUUGAUUGGCCAGCUGACCAGGCAUGAGAUAGAUAUGACAGAGCAUGAAUGGAAAUACCAUGGUGAUGAUCCAAGAGUCAGUAGGUCUGUGACCCGUGAGGACUUCAUGAAUGUACUGUAUGAUAUUCAUUACAUUCUUAUUAAGGCUACUCAUGGGAGCAUCAUGAGACAGAGCAGAAUUUCUGAGAUAUCAAUGGAAGUUGCUGAAGAAGGAAGAGUGUCUGGAAUGAGUCCUCAGGCUCACAUGAAUGAGAAAUGUGACUGCCCACUAGGAUAUUCUGGCUUAUCCUGUGAGAUAUGUUCUCCAGGAUUUUAUAGACUUCAUUCAGUAUCUGCUGGCAGGAGACCUAGUGCAUCCCUAGGUACCUGUGUUGUAUGUGAGUGCCAUGGACAUAGUGAUAUGUGUGAUCCUGAAACAUCUAUGUGUCAGAACUGUGAUCCCAGCACUACUGGUGACCAUUGUGAAAGGUGCGCCCUGGGAUUUUAUGGCAAUGUCCAAGGAUCUCCAGAUGACUGCCAGCCUUGUGCUUGUCCUCUGAUCAUUUCCAGUAACAAUUUCAGCCCCUCUUGUAUUGUGGAAGGACACUAUGAUUAUCGGUGCACUGCUUGUCCACAUGGCUAUGAAGGCCAAUAUUGUGAAAGAUGUUCUUCUGGGUAUGCUGGUGACCCCAAAACUCCAGGAGGAUCCUGCCAAGAAUGUGAGUGUGAUCCAUACGGUUCACUGCCUAUCCCCUGUGAUCCGGUCACCGGACAGUGCACUUGCAAACCUGGAUCCACAGGGUGGACCUGUUCAGGCUGCAAGCAUCGGCAUGUGCGUGAUGGCAUGAAGUGUGUUUCUUGUGAUGAUGAAUGCACAGGAGUUCUUCUCAAUGACUUGGAUCAACUAAACCAGAUGGUUAUGAGUGUCAAUCUCAGUGCCCCACUGCCUGCUCCAUAUAAAAUGCUGUAUGGUUUUGAGAACACAACACAGGAAUUAAAGCACUUGUUAUCUCCUCAACGAGCACCAGAGAGACUCCUUCAGUUGGCAGAGAAAAACCUGGAUACCCUUUACACAGAGAUGAACGAACUAUUGACAAGAGCUACCAAGGUGACGGCAGAUGGUGAACAAACCAGGCAGGAUGCUGAGAGGACUAAUGACAGAGCAAAAUCCCUUGAACAGUUCAUCAAGGGUACACUCCAAGCUGCAGAAGCUGUAAAUGAAAAUGCUAUAAAACUGAAUGAGACACUCAGAAUCCAAGACAAGACCCUGGAGAAAAGUCUUCAGAGUCUGCAGAGUGAUAUUGAUAGAAUGAUGGCAGAGCUGCGGAGGAAAGAACUGAAUGUGCAAGAAGGGGUGGCUCAAGAGGAACUAAAAAAUGCAGAAGACCUUUUGAAUAAAGUGAAGAAAUUAUUUGGAGAGCCCAGUGACAAAAAUGAAGAACUCAAGAAAGAAGUCAGAGACAAGCUGGCAGAUUACAGUAACAAAAUUGAAGAUGCUUGGGCCCUGCUGAGAGAAGCUACCAGUAAAAUUAGAGAGGCUGAUCGCUUAUCUGCAAUCAACCUGAGAAACAUGACAAUGGUUGAAAAAAAGAAACAAGCUGCAGAAAAGGGGAAACAUAACAUUGAAAAUACUCUAAAAGAGGGGAAUGACAUCCUUGAUGAAGCCACCAAACUUGCAAGUGAAAUCAACUUAGCUGUAGAGUAUGUUGAAGACAUUGGGAAGAAGAUGCAACCAAUCACUGAUGAGCUGACGAAUAAAAUAGAUGAUCUAGCCAAAGAAAUUAGAGACAAAAUGCUUCGAGAAAAGGUGUUUCAAGCUGAAAGUCAUGCAGCACAGCUGAAUGAAUCAUCUGCUAUACUGGAUGGAAUCCUUGCUGAAGCUAAAAACCUUUCGUUCAAUGCCACCAUAGCUUUCAAUGCUUAUAGCAACAUCAAGGAUUCUAUUGAUGAAGCUGAAAAAGUUGCCCGGGAAGCAAAGGCUCGUGCAAAUGAAGCUGUACAAGUGGCAUCUGGUCCUCAAGGAUCAUUAAAGGAUGGUGCCAAGAGCUCUCUUCAGAAAAGUUUCCGGGUUCUUAAUGAGGCCAAACAGCUAGAAAAUGAUGUUAAAGAAAAUGGAGAAAACUUGAAUAGCAUGAAGAACAGGUUGAGAGAUGCUGAUGAAAGGAACUCUGAUCUCCUGAAAGCAUUGAAUGACACAUUUGGAAAGCUGUCGGCCCUUCCUAAUGAUACGGCUGCAAAAGUGCAAGCGGUCAAAGACAAAGCCAAACAAGCUAAUGACACUGCAAAUGAUGUACUGGCUAGAAUUAAAGACCUUAAUCAGAAUCUCUUGGGAUUAAAGAACAACUACAGCAAACUUGCAGAUGACGUGGCCAAAACAAAUGCUGUUGUGAAAGAUCCCAUUAAGAACAUUGCAGAUGCAGAUGCCACUGUUAAAAAUCUAGAAAAGGAAACAGAUCGGCUCCUGGAUAAGCUCAAGCCAAUCAAAGAACUCCAGGAUAACUUGGGGAAAAACAUCUCUCAGAUAAAAGAACUGAUAAAUCAAGCUCGGAAGCAGGCCAAUUCUAUCAAAGUCUCUGUGUCUUCUGGAGGUGACUGUAUACGCACAUACAGACCAGAAAUAAAGAAAGGAAGCUACAACACUGUUAUUGUCAAUGUGAAGACAGCAGUUGCCGACAACCUCCUUUUUUAUCUUGGAAGUGCCAAAUUUACUGACUUCUUGGCCAUAGAGAUGCGUAAAGGCAAGGUGAACUUCUUGUGGGAUGUGGGUUCUGGCGUUGGACGAGUUGAGUAUCCAGAUCUGACCAUAGAUGAUGGCUUUUGGUACCGAAUUGAAGCCUCUAGGACUGGGAGAAAUGGCACAGUAUCAGUCCGAGCUCUGGAUGGUCCCAAAGCCAGCAUUGUGCCGAACACUGUCAGUGAAAUCUCUCCACCUGGUUAUACUAUUCUGGAUGUAGAUGCAAAUGCCAUGCUGUUUGUUGGUGGGCUAACUGGAAAAAUAAAGAAGUCAGAUGCUGUAAGAAUCACUACCUUCAAUGGCUGUAUGGGUGAAACAUACUUGGACAGCAAGCCCAUAGGACUGUGGAAUUUCAGGGAAACCGAAGGUGACUGUAAAGGAUGUGCUGUCAGCCCACAGGUGGCAGACAGUGAGGGAACAGUUCAGUUCGAUGGAGAUGGUUACGCUAUGGUGAGCCGUCCAAUCCGCUGGAAUCCCAAUGUCUCCAUGGUCAUGUUCAAAUUCAAGACCUUCUCUUCUAGUGCUCUGCUGAUGUACCUUGCCACACAGGACUUGAAAGAUUUCAUGAGUGUAGAGCUCAGUGAUGGGCGCAUAAAAGUUAGCUAUGACCUGGGUUCAGGUACAGCUUCUGCUAUCAGCAACCAAAAGCACAAUGAUGGGAAAUGGAAAUCAUUCACCUUGUCAAGAAUUCAAAAACAAGCCAACAUAUCAAUUGUAGACCUAGACACGAAUCAGGAAGAGACCAUAGCCACUAUUUCAACAGGAAGCCACUUUGGACUUAACUUGAAAGCAGAUGAGAAAAUAUAUUUUGGUGGAUUGCCAACACUGAGAAACCUGAGUAUGAAAGCAAGGCCUGAAGUGAAUUUAAAGAAAUAUUCUGGUUGCCUCAGAGAUAUUGAAAUUUCACGAACACCAUAUAAUAUACUAAGCAGCCCUGAUUUUGUAGGCAUAAUCAAAGGCUGCACACUGGAGAACAUUUACACAGUUAGCUUCCCCAAACCAGGUUUCAUAGAACUGCAGCCUGCCUCGUUUGAUAUGGGUACAGAAAUCAACCUGUCCUUCAGCACCAAGAAUGAGUCUGGGGUCAUCUUGUUUGGUAUGGGUGGGACACCCAUACCUCCAAGGAGAAAACGCAGACAGACUGGGCAGGCCUAUUAUGCAGUGUUCCUGAACAAAGGUCGACUAGAAGUACACAUCUCUACUGGAGCUAGAGAUCCUCGCAGAAUCACCAUCAGACCCGAAUCUGGCAAGUUUCAUGAUGGCAGAGCACACUCCAUCCGGAUAGAAAGAACUGAAGGGAUUUUUGCUGUUCAAGUAGAUGAAGACAAAGGGCAGACUCAGAGGCUUCCUACAGACCAAUCUAUUACUGUUAAAAACCUCUUUGUGGGUGGGACCCCGCCUCACUUCCAGGCAGCGCCUCUCAGGAACAUCCCUCCCUUCGAGGGUUGCAUAUGGAAUCUCGUCAUUAACACUGUCCCCAUGGAUUUCGCUCAGCCUGUGUCCUUUGAAAAUGCAGACAUUGGUCAGUGUCCCACACUAGAACCAGAAGCCAGACCUCCUGAGGAAGAGGGGGAAGAUGGGGGUACUCGCUCAACUGUUUUGAUUCAACCUGAACCAGAUACUAAGAGGAAGACAGAAAGCACAACAAUUCAUCCCACAUUUUCUUCCUCUCCUCCUCCUCCUCCAACGCCACCUCUACCUCCUGCACUUGACUCACUUGCCACUGAAGUGAAGAGCGCCAGCAUUACAACUGAACUUGACAUCAUCACGGAUUCUUGUGCUGCUGAUGUCGAGCCUGCUGUGAUGGAAGGCGGCAAACAGUUUGGUCUUUCAAGGAACAGCCAUAUUGCAGCUGCAUUUGAUGACACCAAAGUGAAGAACAGGCUCACAAUUGAAUUUGAAAUUCAAACAGAAGCCGAAUCAGGCUUGAUUUUUUAUAUGGCCCGGAUCAAUCAUGCCGAUUUUGCAACUGUACAGAUAAAGAAUGGACUGCCUUACUUCAGCUAUGACCUUGGACAUGGAAAUACCAGCACAAUGCUUGCCAAGAGCAUUAAUGAUGGCCAGUGGCACACGAUAAAAAUAGCCCGAAACAAGCAAGAAGGAAUCCUUACAGUAGAUGGUGUUUCAAACAGUACCACCAGCCCCAAGAAGGCCGAUAUCCUGGAUGUUGUAGGAAUGCUGUAUGUUGGAGGAUUGCCCAUUAACUACACAACCAGAAGAAUUGGUCCAGUCGUCUAUAGCAUUGAUGGUUGCAUCAGAAAUUUUAAAAUGACAGAGUCUUCUAUUGACUUGGAUAAUCCAACCUCCAGCUUCAAUGUUGGCAAAUGCUUUACCAGUGCAGAAAAAGGAACAUACUUUGAUGGAACGGGAUUUGCUAAAACAGUUGGAGCUUACAAAGUGGGAAUAGACCUUCGAGUGGAGCUUGAAUUCCGUACAACUCGAAUGAAUGGUGUUCUGCUGGGAAUCAGCAGCCAGAAAAUGGAUGGACUCGGCAUUGAGUUAGUAGAUGGAAAAUUAAUGUUCCAUGUGGAUAAUGGUGCAGGAAGAUUUUCUGCAAUUUAUGAACCUGAUGUACCAGGAAGCUUGUGUGAUGGACAGUGGCACAAGAUUAUUGCAAACAAAAUCAAGCACCGCUUAGAGCUGACUGUAGAUGAGAACCAGGUAGAUGGUAGCAGCCCAAACAGAGCCUCCACAUCAGCAGAAACAAACGAUCCUGUCUUUGUUGGAGGAUAUCCUGAUGGCCUGAACCAGUUUGGGUUGACCACUAAUAUUCGCUUUAAAGGAUGCAUUCGAUCUCUGAAGCUUACUAAGGGCACUGCUAAACCUCAGGAAAUUAACUUCAGCAAAGCCUUGGAGCUCAAGGGUGUCCAGCCUAUGUCAUGCCCUGCCAACUAGCAUAAGAUCAUUCAGGUGAUAUGGGUUGGAUUGCAUAAGUGCCUUAAAUUACUUUAUAUACAUUACUUUCAUAAAUAAACCAUCUUUGUGCAAGCA